CUCUCACUACCCUCUCAGCCAGCGGGGUAAACAUUAACCCAGCUGGGCAUCUUGACGUGCAGACCACCGUGAAAGCUCCCAGACGAUCAUGGCUGGCUGCGCGUGGAUCAGGCUGCCGGCGCGCGUCAGGCACCCCGCGCACCUGCGGGCCGCCAGGAGGUUUUCAGAAAGCGGCGACAAAGGCUGGUUCCGGUCCUUGUUCGUGCACAAAGUCGACGCCAGGAAAGAUGCUCACUCCAACCUGCUGUCAAAGAAGGAGACCAGCAACCUGUACAAGAUUCAGUUCCACGACGUCAAACCAGAGUGCCAGGAUGCCUACAACAGUCUGGAGGCCGAAGUGCAAAACAAGCUCCACCAAGACCCGGACUACCCAUGUGAGGUAGUAGGAAGCUGGAAUACCUGGUACGGAGAUCAGGAUCAAGCUGUGCAUCUGUGGCGGUACAGAGGAGGUUAUCCGGCCUUGACUGAAUGUCUGCAGAAAUUGAAGACCAACAAGGAAUAUUUGGAGUUUCGGAAAGAGAGGGCAAAAAUGUUAAUCUCAAGGCGAAACCAGCUUCUUCUUGAGUUCAGUUUCUGGAACGAACCCCAACCGAGACAAGGACCAAACAUCUAUGAACUGCGCACCUAUAAUCUCAAGCCAGGGACCAUGAUUGAAUGGGGCAACAACUGGGCGAGGGCAAUCAAGCACAGACAACAAAACAACGAAGCCGUGGGCGGCUUCUUCUCGCAGAUUGGUGACCUGUAUGUUGUUCAUCACUUGUGGGCUUAUGAAAACCUCCAGUCCAGACAGGAAACUAGAGACUCUGCUUGGCUGAAGCAGGGAUGGGAUGUAAAUGUGUAUUAUACAGUGCCUUUGAUCAGAAGCAUGGAUACGAGAAUAAUGAUUCCCACCAAGAGUUCACCGUUACAGUGAGACGUUUGAAACUGCGAGGAGCUCGGACGCCACAAUCGACUGACAUGCCUGGUCUUACUGAUCCAUCUUUUGAAAUUCUUCAUCCUUUUUUUCCUUUUCUUUAAAUCUGCUGGGUGAUGUAUGUUACAUACAUCAAUAUUUCAUUCCUCAUUUACACUCCAGCCAGUAAUGAAACAACAUUUGUGUGUAUUUAAUUGUUUGAAAAUUCUUAUACGUUUACAUUUUAAGAUCCUUGACUUAGAAUUGUAAUGAACGAGAGAUGAACAUACUUGUGAAAAUGCAGAAUACGAAUAGCCUGAAUAAGUAUAUGUCUGGACAUGACUCUCACUGAAUAAGGUCACCUGACCUUCACAACAGUCCCUGUGAAACAGCUGUCGCAUAAAAUAAGGAAAUGCCUCAUUAUUUUUACUCCAGAAUAAAUGUUCAGGAAGAGUGCAAGACCCUGCUUGAAGCAAAUAUAUACUUCCGGUAUGUCAGAAUUUCAAAAUAAAAGCGUAAAGGAUGUAAUUAUUGAAGUAUUUAAUAAUAAAGUGAAGACAUUUUUAGACGACUAACCCCACCAAAAGCUAAAAAACAAUAAUUACAAACACCUUAUUGCUCACUGCAUUCGUUUUUGCACACUGUAUUGGAGUUUAAAUGAUCAAAAUGUCUUUGUUUAUAUAAGUUUAUUUUGUUAUGGUCACAAAUGAUUUUUUUUCAUAGAUUAAAUUCAGGUUUGAACCCUCCAAAUAAUCAAACUAUCCAUCUCCUGAUGUAUUUGUAUUUGUGCCUACGUUGACCCUUUGCCAUUGGUGUAUAAAAUGUAGAAAUAAUUAAAGAAAGUUUAAGCUUUA